AUGAAUAAGCGAGGACGCCGUAAGCCGGGCCGCUGGGCUCCCCGGGGCCAUUGUUCGGCAAAAAGAGUCAAACCCGAUGGUGAAGCCGGGUGGACUGGCGACCGUCUGCGAGGGGCAAAAAGUAACGGCUGUCACCGUUCCACCAGGCCUCCCCGCAGGCGCUCGCCGGCCGACCGGAAAACCGAGAUGGGGAGGGUGCGUAAUUCUAUGCACUCCAUACCCCGAUGCGGAAAGGCGGUACCGCAGAAGGGAAAUCGCAAUUAUCGCGGCUAG